AGCCUCCAUGCGGCUCGACUCUACUUCCCCAUCUUCCGUCGGCCGAGCCAUCCGGUCCUCCCUUCCUGCCCCUAGCCGAACUCCUCCGCUUUCCCCCAAAUCAGAAUCUCGGCACGCCAUGACCUCCUCUUACCGGCCGGCCGCCACGACGAGCCCGGAGGCGACGGCGCCAGUACCCAAGGUGGAGGCCGAGGCGGCGGCGACGGCGGCCCGAAACCCUAGCUCCCCCAGCGGCCCGCCGUCGCCGGAGAUGGAGGCCACGGCGGAGGCGCUCACGCGGGAGGAGGUGCUACGCAGGAGGCGCCGACGCACGGCGCGGCUCGUUGGCGUGUACCGACGGCUGUACUGGGCGAUGGCAGAGGAGGUGCGCGCGCGGCACCGGCAGUACGUCUGGGAGCUCGGCCGCAGUCCGCUCGAGGCCGAGCAGCCCCCGUCGGCCGCGUGCUCGGAGGCGAAGCCUGGGCCGGCGGCGGUGCCGAGGAGGAAGAAGUGUGGGUUCACGGGCUGCAAGGUGCGGGCGAUGCCUAUGGCCAAGUACUGCCACUCCCACAUCCUAUCCGAUCCCAAUCAGGCCCUGUACAAGGGAUGUGGUCAAAUCAUCAAGAGUGGUGCACAGAUUGGGCAAAUUACUUGCAGCAGGCCCAUCCUAAAAGCUUCAGUUCCCUCCCUCUGCAAUGUUCACUUGCAAAGAUCUCAGAAGAACAUAUCACAGGCUUAUAAGAAAGUUGGAUUUAAUCCACCCCCUACUGGCCAGAUCUCCCCAGAUUUUAGUGUCUUAGUUGCUGAAUGUGUCCGUCAGAUCCAGGCCAGGAGGAGAGAAUCCCGAAGUGUUGCAGCAGGGAAGAAAUGCCCCAAAGAUGGGAAAGUUGGCUGAGCUCCCUGAGAUCUCAUUUGUUACAUAAACUGUAGGAAAAUGUCAGGCAUCCUGAGGUUUACCGAGUGUUGAUAACUAACCCUGCGGGUUACUGCACUCUUCCUUGAAAGAUAUGGAAUAUUGAAAAUAUAUGUGGCCUGCAGCUGUGCAUGACUGGAUGACAACAUGACCCUGAUGGUUGUCAGUUAACAGCAAAUUUCAUAUGAAGAGUUUAUCCAACGAGCUAGUGGUGGAGUGUCAAGUAUCAAGGUUGAGCACACAUGUCAGGAGAGCAUUUAUGUAUCAAAAUGCUUCUGAUGACUUGCACACAUGUCAAGUAUCAAAAUGCACACAUGUCAGGAGAGCAUUUAUGUAUCAAAAUGCUUCUGAUGACUUGCUGAACAUGCUGCAGGACUGCCAUGGUUAAUUUUAUUCAUCUUCUGAUGGUAAUUUAUCCUAAAUGAAGGCCUGAGUUAGAUAUACUGGGUCGGUUCAUUGCCAACUGCCGAUUUUGAAGAACAUGGUGAGUUGUGAAGCGUGUUCAGGUUUCACGUCCUGAAUUGGUUUUAAACUGAGUGCCUCUUUUGAAGUAAAUAAUAUGCUUUUUUCAGCUUCGUAAUGUAUACCGUGUGAUGGCUGUCCUGUUAUUCAGCUUGGUGUUUCUUUAGAUAUGUUAUUGGUAAAUGUCCACCUUGUGAAGUAUACAUCGUUCCUAUUUUUCCAGAUGAAAUCUUCACCUUGUUUACGGCACAUACUUCUCCAGAAAGGAUUGAGAUUGUUGCUUUGUGCCAAGGAUGCUAUGGGGACGGUGGUUUUGUGCCAAUCCUGAAGGAGCCAUUCAAAUAAGGUACUAUGAGGAGAGAAUAGCAUGUACAUGUUGAUGCUUAUGACAUGGAUGAGGAGAGGGCAUGUACAUGUUGAUGUUUACUUUUGCCUGAUUUAGUUGGAAUGGUUGCAUUGUACGAAAGAUGGUCCACAUAGAGGACCCUGCAAGCAGUAUGAGAUGUCGCUGCAUUGCUGAUAUUGAUGCAAGGGAGGAGCUGUACAUACAAAGGAUAGUUGCCUGGUACUGCAAUCAAAUUUCGUAGUAUCUUCGUUGCAUGAAUAGUUACUUAUGAAGUAGCAGCAACACAUGAAUGUCAUGCUUAAGCUUAUAUCAAAUGCUCUGAGAUAGAGGACAGGAUGUGGAUAUCGGCAGACAUUGGAUGGCCUGGAACUACGACGUGACUAAGGAACUGACGCAAUUGUUCAUCUAAAAAAUGAGAACGGUAUUACUGGCCAUGUGAUUAGAGUAUGACAUUGCAUGUGUGCAUGUGUGGAUGGGAAAAAGGAAGAUAUUACAAACUGAUUUACAGACUAAACCAUUAGGGCCUUUCAUAUUCCAUUUUCAUUGAAGUU